AUGGCGCGAGCCACAACAACAGCUAGCCCGGUGCGCCGUGCCUCGACACGGACGUCGUCGAGUGCGAAGAAGGAGAUCGAUGCGGAGCAGCCAGCAGCAUCACCAUCUGCACCCAACAAAUCCAAACGCAAAGCGGCUGAUCCGACAUCGGCGGCUGAUCCGAAGCAAAGCGGCACCGAUGCCACGGCCGAGGCAAGUGCUGCUGCGGCUGCUGCCCCAACCAAAAAGCCGCGCAAGAAGGCGGUCGCGGAUUCGGACUCUCCGAGCGCACCCAAGUCGGAAGACACGCUGGCCGAUCCGGGCCUGCCCAAGAACACCGAGAUGCCCGCCACGCUUUCCUAUGCCCGCCCAGCAGCUCCGGAAAGCGUGCGAAUCACUGCGUGGAACAUCACCAGCCUCAAGUCGAGCGAACCCAAGGGCAUGAUGCGCUACAUCCAGGCAGAGGACGCGCACAUCGUCGUGCUCUCCGAGACCAAGGUCAACGACGUACCCAUGCAUCCGGCCCUCUCCAAGAUCUACAAACACCAGUACUGGGGCAUCGGAAAGCAAAAGGGGUAUGCCGGCCUCGCCAUCCUCUCCAAGAUCGAGCCUAUCAAGGCAACCUACGGCUUGCCCGGUCUCAGCGACCAAGAUACCAAGGGCCGCAUCAUCACUCUAGAGUUCGAAAACACCUACCUCGUCGGAACCUAUGCGGUCAAUGCAGGUGACGGUCUCAAGACCAUGGCGACCAAGCAGGCGUGGAACACCGCCUUUGCAGCGUAUCUGGCCGAGCUCGAUGCCAAGAAGCCCGUCGUGUGGUGCGGCGACUUCAACGUGGUGCAGGACGAACGCGAUCUGGCCGCCGCAUCCAAAAAGUGGAACAAGAGCCCAGGAUACACGGCCAUCGAAUGCGAUGCUCACCGCGCUCUCCUCGACGGCUCUGCCACACCCUCCUCCCAACCCCUCGUAGACGUGUGGAGGGCAAAGCAUCCCGACGCCGUGGGCCACUACACUUUCUACGGCUGGCGAGGCUUCUGCAGGUCCAAAGGCAUCGGCUGGCGUCUCGACUCUUUCAUCCUCUCGCAACGCAUCGCUGACAAGGCGCUCGAGUGCGAGAUCCGCCACGAGUGCUACGGUGCCAGCGACCACGUUCCAAUCUACUGCGACAUUCAAGGACCGCUUUGA